CUCGGCACCACCGCGCUAAACGCUGCAAUCUGUUGCUCGGGGACACUUGACACCCGGGUUACCAGCUCUCGACGCCAUCGACGGCUGAUCGGCUGGUUUGCACCGCCUCCGCUUCGCUGCGUGCCAACUUAGCUCAGAGCAGUGGCUCCCUGACGCACUGACUCGCGGCGUCUGAACGAAGCCCCAUGCUAACAAGGAGCACAACGAUGGUGCUGCUGAUGACUCUGCGCCGCGCGUCGACAAUCGCACCACGCGUCGCCUGGAAGCCCAAGGCGACUCUAAGCGGCCGCCUGGAAGGGUUGCUGCAAGCGCCCGCCGAGAAAGACGACCCGGCCGCCGCGCAGAGGCUCGCGCAGUGGCUCAGCGACAAGCGUAACGUCGUCGUGCUGACCGGGGCUGGUCUCUCGACGGACAGCGGCAUUCCUGAUUAUCGUGGCAAGGCGGGCUCCUAUCGACUUGGUCACGUGCCUAUCGGCCAUGAUGAGUUCAUGCGGAACGAGUCGUCACGGCGGAGAUACUGGGCGCGGGCGCUCGUCGGGUGCGGCCCUGUGUGGAAAUCAAAUUUCAGGCGCUCCACGCCAUCAACGCGAGUCCCCAUAAUUCACUGGUUGAUGUCCACACAGGUAUCCGGCCUUUGCGGCGGCGAAGCCCAACGACGCGCAUUUUGCUGUGGCUGCGUUGGAGGAGGCCGGCGUGGUUUCCCAAGUGAUCACGCAGAACGUCGACGGUCUUCACGAGGCCGCGGGCUCGCGGAAGGUGAUACCGCUCCACGGGCGUGGCUAUCGGGUCCAGUGCAUGUCGUGCGGAGCAGAAUCGUGCCGCGGCGAGUACCAUUCUACGCUGGCGGCUCGGAACCCGAACUACGCGGGGGUCAUUGGCUCGGCGCGUGACGGCGCCCAAGCGCUCCGGCCCGAUGCCGACGCGGCGGUCGACGACAUCUCGGGCUUCGACGACAUCGCCCCGUGCGGCGCCUGUGGCGGCCUCAUCAAGCCCGCUGUGACGUUCUUCGGAGACGUCGUUCCGAAGGAUCGAGUCGAGGCGUGCUCGGCGGCACUUGACGAUGCCGACGGGUUAUUGUGCAUUGGCACGUCGCUCGCUGUCUACUCAGCCUUCCGCUUCGCUCGCCGCGCGCGCGACGACGGUACUCCGAUCUGCAUAUUGAAUCGCGGACCGACGCGCUGCGACACCGAGGACUUUCCCGGUUUGACGAAGGUGAACGCUGGCGUUGCCGCGCUCGCGGAGGCGGUUGUUGGGAUGUAGUGUGUAAAUAUAUUUGGUCUGUCU